CCACAUUAACUCCGAAUAUUGGAACUUAAUGCCGGCCUAAGACGAUCGAACUUGGAUCGAACUCUCUCCACCCCUCCUUCGGUCUCACGAACUACCGCUCUUCCCUUCAGUCCCUUCGAGCAACAUUACUGUCCUGCCCACUGUGACCUAAUCCUGCACUCCCUGCGGGUCUGUUACAGCAGCCUUACUCAGAACAUCCCUAUAAGAGAAAAUUACUUUAUAUUCUUAACAUAAUCUACCAGAAAUCAUGGUGUUCUUGAUAGAGCUUCCACCUGAGAUUGUACAGCACGUCUUGGGCUAUGUCGACCCGCCUGACUUGGCGUGGAUCCCCCGCAUUUCUAAGAGCUUCUACCAUACCGUCACGGGCAACGCAUCGCUCUUCAGAACCGUUUAUCUCAAUCAUUACGACAAUCCGAGCAAACCCGAUGAUCUAGAUUGGGAGAAGGCCUUGAAGAAUGCUGUCCGUUUGCAAAUCAUAUGUCGUCGAGAUGAUGUCCAUAAUAAGAAGCACGAGCUCUCCUUCGUUUACGAUGCUGUCAAGUCGCUCCUUGAGAAUGCCGCUACCGACACCGAGCGAGUGCGGCAGACGACACAUCCGGCUUCCCGGAACGCCAAGCUUCUAAGCUCUAUAUUCAAGGACGAGACGAAUCAAUCCGCAUUCCUAUGCCGAUCUUACAUUUACGAGCGCGCUCGACAAGAAUUGACCUACGCGAAUUUCUCAACGCCUCAUGUAGACCACCAAAAGAGCGCGCACUUACAUUGUCUCUAUGGAGUGCCUAUGUUAUACGCACACCCCGAAACCCAUCGGACCAGGCGCAGUAGAAUGGGUCCGUACGCAUGCUCCAAAGUCUACGACCUGAGGCAGUAUACCGAGAAUACGAAAUGGGGACCGUUCUUUGACGACGCGACGGAUCGCGUAGACUGGGAGAAGGUUGAGGCUAUCAUGAUCGUAAUCGGCGCCAACCUCCGGAAGCUAGGCCUCACCAAAUACCCCGUGUGUAAGAAUUUCUGGGACCUUCCUUUCGCGGGGACCUGGCCGGGGAGCUACAAGGCACUUCCUGUCUUGCAUGAGCCUGAACCAUUGGAUCUGCAGGACCCAUAUGGCAUCACGGGGACCUGGCUCCGGGUCGUGUGCUUCCUGGACUACACGGACUUCUUCGCAUACAACUUCACGUCGGAGGACCAGCCCACGGCGGACGUUCCCCGUCCUCCGAUCGACGUGGGCGAGGCGACGCGGCUGAUCCUGAUGAAGAUCCGGGUGACGCGGAUAGAGCCACCGGGGCCGGACGACGGACAGGAGCUGCCGGUUGUGCACUUCGAGGGGAUAUCGAGGUCGCUGGAUGACAGCUACGACGAGAAUGCGAACUCGGACUUGAGAGGUAUGAGAGGCUCGGUAAGGUUGACGCGCGAGGGAGAGGUCCGCUGGACCACGUUCUCCGUUUUCAGCGGCGUCGAGAGGUGGCGUAGCGAGAGUGUUCAGAUCGGCGGGGUCAAGAGCGCCAAGGGCGUGCUGGGGAAUUGGUUCGAUAAGGACUUCGACCCGCGUGGCCCGGCUGGCCCAACUGCGUUCUGGAAGGUCUCAGAUAAGAUCAUGGAGUCCAGUGGUUACAGAGCUCUUAUGCAGGACUUCCUACCCCUGAUCCAAGACGCACCCGACGAGACGACCGAUUUCGAGAAUGGCCAACUAGAGGAUGAUGACGAUGAGGGAGAGGAAGACGAUGAGCCGGGUCUCGAGUUAGAGAUUACCGGCAUCUCGUGGGUGACAUGGACGGACGAUUAGUGUGACGCCGUUUCCAACCAGCUUCCUUUCUGUGUACUUGUAGCAAUGUCGGCGGAGUUGCUGCUAUUGGUGCCGGGCGUAGUAGCUAUUUGGCUGUUCUGGUAUAAGUUAUGACUUUAUGGUUUAUGUCAAGUAGACGCCUGACCUAGCUUAUGAUGUGUAACUUCACGAUGAUACAAUUGAAUGAAGAUCUACUGUAACAAA